AUGGAAGAGAGCGCAGACGGGGAGGGAGGGGGCACCAAGCCGCCAUCAGUUGUCCCUCGCUAUCUUACCGUGGGAGAUCACGUCCUGGCGUUCUCGGAGCACGAAUUAGAAGACACCGGCGACUACGAGGAGCCUGAGAAGGUGAAAGCGGGGCACGUCGAAGAUUCUUCCCCGUCCCCUAAUUAUGAGAAACCGGAGGAUGUGCUCGGGUGCAUAGAGCUUGAGGGGGAAGAGUCUCCCCCAUCCAAUGACUACGAAACGCCGGAGGAUGUGCACGGGUACAAGGACGAAGGUUUCUAUGAGAACCCAGAGAAUAUCUACGGCUACAAAGUAUUCAAGGCUAAAGACCGGAAUGAGUGCACCAAAAACCCAUGUGAACACGGACGCUGUGAGAACAAGGAUAACGGAUACAAGUGUACCUGCUCACCUGGAUGGACUGGACAGAACUGUCAGCAAGACAUCAAUGAGUGUACCAGGAACCCGUGCAAACACGGACGCUGUGUGAACAAAGAUGGCGGGUACAAAUGUACCUGCUCGCCUGGAUGGACUGGACAGAACUGUCAGCAAGACAUCAAUGAGUGUACCAGGAACCCCUGCCAACAUGGGCGCUGUGUGAACAAAGAUGGCGGAUACAAAUGUACCUGCUCGCCUGGAUGGACUGGACAGAAUUGUCAGCAAGCCCUAACAUGCAAGGGUGGGUGGAGCGAAUAUAAGAACCACUGCUACAGGUUCUUCAGUAACAAAGCCAGCUGGCAUAAAGCGAACGAGAAUUGCAAACAACUCGGUGCAAAUCUUGCUUCUGCCACAAGCCCCGGAGAGAACAAGUUCAUCACAGGACUCAUCGCUGGUGCCCCUUCAGUUUAUUCACGACAUGUGGUUUGGUUCGGACUGAAUUGUCUGGAAGGGCCAUGGAAGUGGUCGGAUGGGUCACCGUUCAUCUACGACAACUGGGCUCCAGGUGAACCUGGCAGGAACUUUCAGACCAUGUUUCUCGGCCGCAAGGCCGUGAAAUGUGCCAAUAUGUACUCCAAGGACGACAAAGGUUUCGUUACAAAGUGGAUUCUCCGAGCAACUGGGAAAAAAGGAAUGUGGAACGACCACCUCUGCAGGGAGGCUCUAUCCUAUGUUUGCGAGAUGCCAAAAUGAUAUAAAGUCAAUUCCGAGGAAGAAAGCACUUAAACAGAAGGUUCUGUACCAACUGAUGCUGUUGCAUUUUUAGCAAAAAAUAUAGGCACUAAGUGAUGUGUACACUAGUACUCAUACUUAACUUACUUUGAUGCUCCUGAGCCUUGAGAAUCAUGAUAUUACGUAGCAAUCAAAUUAUACUUGCACAACAUUCUGUCUUUAACACUGCUAAGAAAUGAAAAUUAUUUCUGAAGAGGAAAUUCGUCAAG